CUGUUGGGAUGUUGUAAGGAGGGCAGAGUGCUCAUAUUCCCUCCCUACAGAUGGAGCUGUUGAAGGGAUUGCCAUGGCGCCGUGCUUUCCUGGCUGUCAUCCUCAACCUGCUUGCCCUCAGCCUCUCCACCACUGCCUUGCUUGGCAGCUACUGGUGCACUGGGACCCAAAAAGUGCCCAAGCCUUUGUGUGGGAAGAGCAAGGCCACCAAGUGCAUUGGUGUCCCCAUGCCACCCGAUGCAGGUGCUAGCAAUGUUUCAUCCCAGGACGUGGUGCACUACAGCUGGGAGACCGGGGAUGACCGCUUUGCCUUCAGAUACUUCCACACGGGGAUGUGGCUUUCCUGUGAAGAAAGCAUGGAAGGGCCAGGUAGCAUCUUGCCUAAACAGCCCCAACUUCUUCCCUUAAGAAGUGAUGGGUCUGCAGCCUAAGAGAAAUGCCGUAGCUUUAUUGAGCUUUCACCACCAGCAGAGAGAGGAAUCCUGUGGCUGUCGCUGGGAUCAGAGAUGCUGUACAUCAGCUUGCUGCUCAUCAGCUUCAUCCUCCUGAUGGUGGAAAUGCUGCAUACUGGCAACCCUGUCUGUGGGUUGAAGCUCAAUGCCUUUGCUGCUGUCUCCUCGGUGCUGUCAGGUCUCCUUGGGAUGGUGGCACACAUGAUGUACACUCAAGUCUUUCAGGCAACAGUUAAUCUGGGACCAGAGGACUGGAGACCGCACACGUGGGACUAUGGCUGGGCAUUCUACAUGGCCUGGGCUUCCUUCACCUGCUGCAUGGCUUCUGCUGUCACCACUCUCAACACCUACACCAAGACGGUGCUGGAGUUCAAAAGGAACCACAUCAAGGGCUAUGACAUGAGCUUCAAGGAUCAGCCUCAGCACCACCAGUGCUUCAUACAGCGGCAAAUAAGCAGCUACUAUGGGCCCCAAGACAAGCCCCUCCAUUUAGUCUCUGAGGGAGUCGACUUCUACUCUGAUCUGCAGCAGAAAGUGCUACAGCGGGAACCAGAGCUGGAUCUGGAUGAAGUCUUGGGACAGACGGUUGGGGAGGAUCGUUGUUAGGGAUGAGUGCACAGGGGCAGAGCAGUGGGGUUUGGGAGGCACAAGAGCUCUGAGCCAAACACUAGCGCUACUGUUAAUCGAGUUCUUGGGGAGCUCUUCCUUCCUCUACAGUUCAGGGAGCCGGAAGAGAAGGUGGGCACUGGGGCAGGGCAACAGCAGUGUCAACAGUAGCAAGAUAGGUCUUCCCUGAUCAGUUUGCCUGGUGCCCUCAGCUGGGAAGGGUGAAACCAGAGAAACCAGAGGGACAUGUUGCUGGUCCAGCUGUCUCCAUGUACUUGCAGACAGUUGAGGCAGUUGUCCUAAUCCCAGCAGUAUUGUACCUGGGAACAGAUAGCACCAUCCAGCUGGCAAAUUGCAGUGCUGGGCCUAUUUGAGUGGUGUCACACUGACCUUCCAGCAACCCCCCCGUCCAGUGUUAACAGUGAAGGGCACUGGUGCUCUUACUGACUGGCUGUAAGCCUCUGUGAACCCUAUUUGUUCUUCAUAUCCAGGCCCAACCUCCUCUGCUCCGUGCUCCCAGAUUUAAAAUGCUGCUGCAAUAGGAAUGGAGAGCUGCUUUCAGACAUCUCUCCUCCUCUUUCAUAUCUCUAAUGAUUCCCACAUGCCCCUUUCUUGCUUUUUGCCCCAAAAUCUCCGAUUCUGGUGUACUUUCCUGUCCAUCUCUUUCUACUGUGCUUGUCCACAACCUUUAAGGAUCCUUGGCUGGGCUUUUGCUUAUUCCUUCGUUUCUCUUCAUCUGUCCCCUUCUCCCCAUUGUAAAAAUAUCGCAGACAAUCCCCAAAUCAAGCAAACUCAUAAUCUCCCAGAAGCGAAACACCAAUUCACAUGACA